UGAAAUGUGUCGGUUUUGUUUUGAUCCUCGUAAGCGCGCGAUCAAAUUGAAUUUUUAAUAACUUUUUUUUUUUUGUGGAAAACCAACCAACAUGCCUGUCAGUAAAGUUACAUCUAAUAUUAAAAGCAGGCAAUAAUUUUGUGAAAAUUAGAAAUCAGGAGAGGUCUCAAUGAGCUGUGAAAAUUGGUGAAAAAUCAAUAUGUCUCUGCAACUGAGUCCAGCAACAAUACAAAAGCUUACUCAUGAAUCCCUUGAAAUUAGGCUGCGCACCUUGGAACAAAUAUCGAACAAGCUGAGUCGCGCUUUUGAACACAAUGAAAGCCUGGAAUUCAAAGCGGGUGAAUUAUGCAAGCAACUCAUCCGCUGGUUCGGCUUUGAACCGCUAAGUGCUACACAACUAGUGCUAAAGCUACUAAUAAAAAUUUUACGAUCGAGUUACAGCGAACAAGCUAUUGGUAGCCUAGGUUCAGAGCGCUUUAUGCGCGAAAUGGAAAAGGUUAGACAUCGUGUUAGGAAACUUUCCACGGAAUCUGAAAUGGUGGAUGAAAUAAAAGUUAUAUUGAGCGAAUAUAACGGGAGAAAAAAUACUAAUAUCACUAAUAAAGAAAAAGAAGUUAUUGAAGCUAUUUCUCUUGUUGAUAGAGAUAAACUUGAAUCCGUUAAUAAAAGUAAAGAGUUCUUAAAUCGCUUUGGAUUGGAUGACUAUGAACCAGCUUGGAGUAAACCGACAGCCGCAGAUUUCGCCGCGAUAAGUUUGAUAGCAGAUAUUUUGACGAACUCAACUGUUGAUAAAGCAGAGAUAACAAAUACCCUACUGCAUUUGGAAGUAACAAUGCACGACUAUCCGGCGGAAUAUAUGUUGCAGAUUCCGCACGUAUUUUUGAGUUUGUUGAAUUUGUAUGAACCCUAUGUAGAUGAAGAAGAUGACAUGUUCCAAGAUGUCGCGCGCACAAUUAAAACUUAUUUGCACAUGCUUUUGCUGCGACUAAAAGAGCGACAAAAUAUAAGUGCAUAUUCAACAAACUCAGAAAUGUUACAGUUAUCAGGAUAUCAGCAAUUAAAAUUGAAUACAAUUAUAAAGUACGUCCUUGAGCAAAGCGUGCAAAUAUUGGAAUCAUUGGUAUGUGAACUACGUAGAGAAAUACAAGGAGUGGUCGAGAUAAUUAGUGCUUGUCUCCAACUAUGUCGAAUCGAAAACCUUACAAUUAAUAAAAAUAUACUAAGCACGUUACAUAAAACUAUCCUAGGUCUUCGACGGUGUUUUGAACAAGAUGGACAUUUCACCUUAAAUCGAAUAAAAUAUCUAUUAAUUGUCUGCCUAUUGGAUGAUAUGCUAAUGCAUAAUAAAAAUUAUCAAACUGACGAGGGAGAUCAUCAACUGUUGGCAUUUCUAUUGGGCGAUUAUACCUUUAAAGUGAAUUUUCCUCAGCGUUACAGACAUAUUGAAGAGUGUACGAAAAUGUAUGAUUUUAAAACUGUAUUCCAUUAUGAAAAGCUACGAAAUUAUGAUAGCUGUAUGCGAUUUGCCAUAUCGUUAAUGCGACAUCCAGAUAGCAAAAGUGAAGCAAUAGUAAUGAAUGGAAAAGAUAUUUGUGUAGCAUUAGAAAGUUUGAAAAGUAUUCAACUAAUCGAAUUGAUUUUUAACGCGGUUUUAGAUUGUAACAAACUGUAUAUUUCAGAACCCACACUUCGCGAGAAAGCUGCUGAACUACUACUCGAACUAUUACGCCUUAAAUACGAACCGCUAAAGAUACAUGCAUAUAAAAUGAUCUCUAUGGCAGUAAAACGUCAUUUUGCUUGUUUAAUGCAAUGCGAACGCUAUUGCAUUGGUUUGGCAAAUGAACAGUUAAUGGAGUCUCAAGUUCUUGGGGUACCACUAAGUAGCGAACUAAUACUCCAUCUAAUUUACACAUGCGGAGAUAAUUUAAAACAAAGUAUAUGUAAAAUUAGUGAGGAAAUACUCUUGCUUAUAUUGAAAUCCCAAAAUCUACUGGGUGAACAUUGGCCAAAAUUUUUAGAGCUAUUCUUACCGCUCUUACCGGUACUGCAAUGUUGUACACAUUCUCAAUCAAUUGUAGAGCUAGUGCAAAAGUUACUCGAUCCGGAUGCAAAACAACUUCCUUUUCUAACGGUUCUGCAAGGAAAUAUUGUAUUCAUGUUUCAUCGCGACAGCAAAGUACGCAGUGAGGCAAUAACAAGGCUUAUUUACAUUAUUAAUUCAGUGCCAGAUGCGGACAAAUAUGUACCUAAUCUUCUUCAUAUAAGUGAUGUAAUACCCAACGAUAUUUGUAUUAUGAAAAAUCCGCGAGAAUAUCAAUCAAUAUUUCCGGAUAUUACUCCUUCAUUUGAACGGGAUACUUUACACAAUCUCUUAAGUAUGUUGGAAAUAGCCGAUGUAGAACCUGUGAUUCGAAAAACAACAUUAAUGCAAUUGAAUAUUAUGUGCCAGCAGUGGCAUAUGUUAGCCUCUCUUUGUGAGGAAAGCGCACACUAUUUAAUUUUGCAAGCAUUAGAAAACUCAUUGUCGGUAGCAUCGUAUGAAGAUUACACAGGCGCUGCUGUUCCGGCUAUCGGCAUGCUAUGUAAAAUGUUAUUAUAUGAUGCAGCUUUGCGCAGUGAAUUAUCCGAAACCCCAAAUAUAUAUGUGCUACUUUUACGUGCACUUUGCCUUUAUCAAAAUGACAUGCAGUUGCGCCAAGAUGUUUGCGUGUGUUUGUUUUUGCUGCUUUAUACAAAUUUUCUUGUUGUUUUGGGCAACCAACGGGUGGAGGCACCAACAUUAGUAGGUAACCUGGGAUUGCCACUAAGGUGUGUGUUACAAUCUUUUGAACAAGGCAACAUUACUCCAUAUGAAUAUGAAAAUCUUUUCAAAAUAGAAUCGGAAUGCAAUUCAUAUUUACGUCAUUUGUUAGCUAUUAGCUUGUGUGAUAAUCAAAUCCCUGUGCCCAAGCAGUAUUUGGAGGAACAAAAGAAUUAUGAUUUUAAUGUAGAACUGCAGUUGACAUUGCGUGAUUGGCGUUUGAUGAACGCUACUAUACCGAAACAGAAUGUACAACGUUUCUUACGGGCCAUAUUAAAUGCUACAGAUCAUUCAUCGCUAAUAAACGCCAGUAUUUCAUUGCAAUUGCAGUUCUUUGUGCACGAUCAAAAAUCUAGUGUUGAUGCAACUCUGAUGCCUGAUAAAAUUGCUGAUGAACUUUACAAUCUUAUUGGUAAAUAUUUACAAUUACCUCCAGGCAAUGAAGCGGAUUACCAACUAUUUGAAGCAUUAAUUGAUCUCUGUCAAUUGUGCGUAAACCUGCCUUUGCAAGUAAUAUGUGUACGCUUGGUGAAAGAACUUGUUUCCGAUUUCCGGCAUGCAAUUAUAGAUCUACUCAAAAACGUAAACAUAUCACUACGAUUGUACAACAAAUUGACCAUUUUAUUGGCGAAUGUGUUGAAAGUUGUGACAACGCUAAAUGGGGAUGAUACAAAUUUGCGGAUUCUUCAUAGUAACCUCUUUGAGCUUAUUUUUCAAUUAAUAAUACAACACUUUCCAAAACGCGAUCUUUUACGCAUACGUUGUUUAUUGGGUCUGUUGAAAACUCUUAGCGCUUUCGAUAUUACCAUUACAGAUGAGAAGCUUAUGUCAUACUGCAAGCGUUUGAUUAAAUUAUCACUUGCUUUGAAAUCAUUUACUCAGACGGGUUCCCGGUGGCAGAUUGACUGCCUUACUAUUGUAUGCCAACUUUAUGCACAACUGGAAGAACCACAACGGCAUUUCUCUCUUUGCGAAUCAUCAGUGAAAUAUUUAAGUGGGCUGUGUGGUCAUUGUGAUCGACAAGUUCGUGCACUGGCAUGGUGUAUUUUAACACAUGCCUCGUGCUAUGUAGGACACGAUUCUCAGAGAUCUGUUACAUUUGGCUUUAGAUUUCUUGAAGAUAUUUUAUCUUAUCUUCCCGGCGGGUUUAUGGCAUGUUGCUUGUGCACAUUCCUCGAUGUCGGCGAAACGAUUGUGGUGCGUCAAUUAGCAGCCAAUUUAUUUGUGAGUUUUCUCACUGGUAUGGAAAGAUAUGAAGAAGCAUACAAAUUACUCACGCGUCACAAAUUCCUACCGUAUUCAAUUGAAGCCAUACGGGGAAACUGUAUAUUAGAACGGCAUUUGCCUCCACAUUUUGAUCUUAAUUUCGGAAUGAAAAUAACUAGUUGCGAAUUGAUCAGUUGUUUAUGUAGAAUUUGCUACAGGAUGUUACCAUGCCACUCACUUUUCGCUUCAGAGUUAUGUGAAAGCGAUUUUAUGUUCAAAUUAUAUGAAUUGCUGAAAAUACCACUGACAAACUCCAAUCCUGCCUACUACAUCAUGUGGGGUGAUAUAUGUCGCUUGUAUGCAGCAUGUUACCCUACGAAUUUUUCUGUUUUGAAACGAACAUUGUGUCGAGAUCAAGUUUGGCUAACGAACUUCUACAAAUUGCUGGAAACCCAUAUUGAUUCAGAUGCCGUGGUGAUAAACAUACUACAACUGUUUUUGGUACUAUGUAAGGAUGAAUUAGCCUAUGCAAAAUUAUGCUUUCAAAUUACUAAGGCUCCAGAGCUUUUGCUGACGGUUUUUUUGCGCGCUUUCACCAUUAGCAAUAUCAAUACACCUCUACAACGAUAUUCUUUAGCUACACUAAGCUUAUUAUUAAUUAAAGCUCAAAAUAAUGGUGCAAAUCAUGCUAACGGACAUAGCUUUCUGAUUGCUUUAGAACAAAGUGUUGAAAUUGCGAAUAAAGGAUGCGAUAACAUUAUAUGUACUGAACUAAAUAAUAGUGAAGAAAAGAUAUCAAAGCAACAGCACAACAUAUACGAUGAUCGAAUAAGUCUUGAUGCUAAGGAUAACGCCCCUCCUGCACCAGCCGUUACUAGAUCGGCAGCUGUUUUGUUAUUUGCCGCUUUAUUUCGGCUCUUCCAACAUCUUUAUUCUGCAGCGGACUGCAAAUUUGAGUCAGCACCAUCCAAAGCGCAAGUACAAGUGAGUGAAACAAUGGGAAUUUUGCUUAGCCUUUCCCUAGCUGCGAGAAUGGCAGCAAAACAAUUUAAAUUGUUUGACAAAAUAACGCAAGCGUUCAAUGUAUUCUUUGACCAAUUCAAAUGCUCGGCCACAACUUUCGUGCGCCGUUAUGGGGACAAUAAAAAGAUGACACUAGUGAAGAAUUUCCAAAUUUUGCUUAACGUACAAAUACAUUGGUUCUCUGCGUCUGAUGCAGCGCUUACGAAUAAUCUGCAAUGUGUAGCGCUCUCUAAGCUCAUCAUGCAGCUUUGGCCAUGGCUACCGCACUCUGGUGAAUUAAAAGAGCUUGUGCUUAAGGUACUUUGCUAUCAUAGUGAACACUCAUUUGUCAUGUGCCAGCAAUUUUCUGUGGUGUUUUCCGGUUUCGCUCAUUCACUUCUGCAACUAGUCAUCAAGUUGAUUGUAGCUGAAACUACGCGUGUGAAGCCUAAUACUUCCGAAAACUAUCCAGUUAUAAGAACUGGUCUGCGCAUGAUUAUGAAUUGUUGCUCAUGUAUUGAAGGGCGUGUAACCAUUAUUAAGGCACAUAUGAUGGAUAUGUUCGAUAGCAUGCAUCCGUUUCAUCUGAAGUCUCCAAAGAUUAAAGCGGAAAUACUACAUUCCUGGUUAGAGUUCUGGGAGUUGUUUUCGCGCUACCCAGAAGGUGCAAAUACGCGCAAUUUGCGCGCGCUAUGUGACGUAGUGUCACGAUCUCCGCCUAGUGGUAAUGCUCGGUUACUGACGCUUCGUAUUCUCCGUAAUAUGUGUUUUUUGCCGAGCAAUCGUUCAGCGUUGGUAGCUUCAACGGAUUUCAUUUGCACCGUCAAUACAAUUAUCGAGCAUCAGUUAAAUGUUUCGUUAAAACAAAAAUGUACUUCAUAUGAAGAACAGUUGAUUGCAUGCGUGGGUGUGUGGAAGUUAGCCUCAGGUGGUGCCAAGUACGUUGCAAUGCUGAGGAGCACCAAUUUGGCCAAACAUUUGCGACAGUUACACGAAAGACUGUCGACUCUCAAAGAAGCUGAUCCUAAGCAGUUUUCCCAAAUGUUGUUCGCUGGAGAUUUAUUUUAUGUUCUUGGUGUUCUCUUAGAUAUAUUUAAUAAUUAAUAUUUAUUUUUAUUUUUAUUUCUAUUUAAAAACAUUGAAUAUAUUUUGUCAUAACUUGUUAGUUGUAAGAAUCUCAUAUAUAAAUUCAAAUCCAGUUUAAAGUAUUUUAAUGUCAU